UGUUUGCAAGGAAGUUUAAUGUUUACCAAUAUAAACACGUAAAUUUACAUGUGUAAUAUUAUUAUUUUCAAAGAAGACAUCCUUUUUAGUUACAUUGGAUACAACAGUUAAUAAUAUACAUGUCACUUGAUCGUGUAAAUAUUACUUAGAAAACAUAUGUGAUAGUAUAUUUUUAAAAGUAUCACCAUAAACGUGUGGGAAUGGGCAAUUGUUUGUGCAAAGAUACACCACAAGAACUUUAUGUAUUUUAUGGACAAAAUCAUGCAGGGACUGAAAAUACUAUAUCAUCAGAAUCAGUUGUAGGUUGCACAGUUGCAUCUGGUGAUAUGACCAAUACAACAUUUAAGUUUCCAACGUCAGCUAACAUUGAUAAACUAGUGCUUGAAACUCUGGGAGUCAUUGGUUCUCUUGUUGACAAUGAACAGGAGACACCACCUGCAAUGUUAAAGUUACAUGCUAUUGCUGACAAAGAAGAUGGAUGGUUACAAGUUGUCAGUUCGAUGGUCAAUGUUAUUCCUAUGCAUAAUCCAUUAGGUCCUUCAGUCAUUACUCUUCUAUUAGAUGAUUGUCCAUUACCAUCAAAGGAAUUAGUUCUACGAUUGUCACACAUGUUUCAAUUAUUUCAAAAACUUGGAAAUGUACAAACCAGUGCAACCCAACAACGUAACAUCUGUGUGGUAUUGGGUUGUAUAGCAGACAAGUUAGCUGGCCCAAGUAGCAUUGCUAUAUUAUCUGAUGAAACUUUGGAUUAUCUUAUUUCAAAUCUUAGGGAAGAUAUUGAUCCUUAUGUGGUAUUAUAUUCAUUAAUAGCAUUGGAGAAAUUUGCACAAACGAGUGAGAAUAAAAUAACUAUAAAAAAACGUCUAAUGGCAGGAAGGCCAAACCCACUGUUAGAAUUGGAAAAAUGGGCAACAGAAACUCAUUACGUACGUCGUCAAGUGGGAUUUUGUGCGCGAUGGUGUUUAGACAACUUACUUAUAAUGGAAGGUAGAAAGUAUUCUCAUGAUGCAGUUGAUAUGACUGGUAUCAAUGUAAUGUUAAAUACAAAGGAUGUAAGCGAGUACCUGAAAAUAUCACCUAAUGGUUUGGAAGCCCGGUGUGAUGCAUACUCAUUUGAAAGUGUAAGAUGCACGUUUCAAGUAGACUCAGGAAUUUGGUACUAUGAAACACUUGUUAUAACUACAGGUGUAAUGCAAAUUGGAUGGGCUACAAAAGACAGUACAUUUUUAAAUUAUGAAGGAUAUGGUAUAGGUGAUGAUGAAUAUUCUUUAGCCUAUGAUGGUUGUCGCCGUUUAAUUUGGUAUAACGCAAAGAGCGAAAAAUAUCAUGAUAGACCGUGUUGGAAAGCCGGUGACAUUUUAGGUUGUUUAUUAGACUUGAACAAAUUAGAAAUAAUAUUCUCCAUAAAUGGUGUACCAUUAAAACCAUGUGUUCAAGUUUUCAAGACGGUGCGGUCUGGAUUUUUUGCAGCAGCCAGUUUUAUGUCAUUCCAGCAAUGUCUUUUUAAUUUUGGAAAUGUACCUUUUAAAUAUCCUCCGACUGAUCGUGAAUAUCAGAAAUUUAAUGAUUAUGCUAGUUUGAAGCCUGAAGAUAAGGUUGUGCUUCCUAGACACAUAUAUCUAGACCAGUUGAGAAAACUUAGUGUUAGAGAGGAUUCAUGUACAUUGUGUUUUGACCAAAGAGCUUCAGUAAGAUUCCUACCGUGCAAUCACAGAGGAUUUUGCAAGACGUGUUCGAAUCAGCUGCUUGAGUGUCCAAUGUGUAGAGCUACAAUCGAAGAGGUAGCUUCCGAUAACACAUGACACUACACGAACGUAUCAGCAUUUCUUAAUCCUCUUCCACUAUCUUUCUUAUAUUAUAUGAUUCUCAGGAACUGUCGCGAGGUAAUCAUAAUUGCAACACGUCGUGUGCAUCACAUAUUGAAUAUAAUUAUAAUAUUUUAUACAUUUCUUUUCUUACAAUACAGUAUUUUAAAUCAAGAGAAGGACUACAACUCAAUCACAGAAAGCAAAAUCACAUUUAAAUGUAUCACACCUCUAAGAUAUAUCAUUCUAAAUGUUACAUUCAUAUAUAUAGAUAUAACAUACAAAUUAUCGUAUUGUAAAUUCAAAUUACAGAAGAAUAUCAUCUUAUAUC